AACGAUUUUAAGGUCAAAUACUGCCACAUUACUGUCAAGCUAAAAGGAGGAGAUGGAGUGUAUGCUGCACUGAUGUUAUAAUUCCUUCACUGCAAUAGUGAUUACCUUAAUACAUUGUAUCACGUUCGAGAUAUAGUUACUGAAAUGAGAUACAGCUGGAUUAGGAUGGGCGACCUUAGAACACGAAAGUGUAUGCGCGUAACAGCUCGGAAAUUCUGAACACUCCAGAUACGGAAAUGUAAUCAUAAAUGACGACACUUUGUCGCACGUGUUACAAUGUUAUCGAGGCGUAUUAACACCAGUGUGACCAACUAUAAGGACACAAGCUGCUGUCGGUGAUAUUGGUAAAUAUACCUAUUCGGACUCGUUUUAUCUAGGACAAUACGAUACAGUUUUAUAGUUGACAGGUCAGCUAGGUUUAUGGCAGCCUAGAUUGUGCGGAAAAUCAAAACAAAGAAGAUGUAUGUGGAUAAUGAAACAGAUGCAGAAAAUACAGGUACUGGAUUAUCGGGGACAUUCAUCGCAGUUGCAACUUUCAACCUGAUCAUCAUUGUUGCUAUCGCAAGUUGUGCUAUUCCAAGAUGCCACAAGAAGUCCCGGAGAGAACUAAAACCCCGUUUUACAGUGGAAAGAAAAACAAUUAGCCAAGAAGAUGUGUCAACAGUUUCUACGUCGUCUAAGUCUGCGCCCAAAAAGCCUAUACGCCACUCGCCUUCCACUCACUCAAAUAAACAAAAAAACGUUCAAAACUACGAAAAUGUAUUUGUUGGUGUUUACCGUGGAAAUUUUGCCUCUCCCAGUGUUAGUCAGAUAGAUUCUGCAGACGUCCUGGAUAAUGAAUCGUCUGCUUCCGACCCAUUUAUUGAUCCAAAGGAAGAAAAUGUUAAUUCGCACAUGGACAAUAACAGAACGAGCUACGAAGAACAAUGUGAUAACGUUUUAGAGAGACAUAUCAGUGUCAGAUAUGAAAACAAUAACGACCAGUUCGAUGAUGUCGUCGUGAACAAGCGUGAAAGUAGCGUUAAUGACAAAUACAGGAGUAAAGGAUCCGUUGAAAUUUCUAUCAAUGUUAACUCUCGUGUGUGAUAUCGCGUGAUGUUGUUACAAACGAGGAAGUCCCGGUGUAUGUGGUGAAAAUAAUGACAUUUUGUAUGUCAUCAUGAGUCAUGGCAUUAGUUUGUUGAUAUCUUUGUAUUUAGCAAUGACAAUUGCAUAAUGAUAAGAUUCUAUAGUAUUUUCGCGUAAAACUGCAUUACAAUGACUGUUCCAUUGAUAAAUUACUGUUGAUAGAUUGUUUCCAUAUUAUGAUAAAAUCGGUUUCAGAAUGUUUUAUACAUCAACGCUAAUAUCAGGUUGAACGUUCAACGAGGCAUUGUUUCACAAUUAUCGUUUUAUUGCUAUGAACAGCUCUCGUGCGAUACAAACGUGUGUACACCUGAUAGCUUUGCCUUUUAAUGUUGAUGAAAUUAUCUGUAUCGUGUAUGUAAAGUGAUUUGCAUAGCUUUUAUUGUGAUUAUCGGCCAAUUGAACUUAUGAACUAUAUCCAUGCCUUUCAUAACAUCAUGAGAGCAUUUCCUUAUAUGCCAUCACUGAACACAUUGUCACUGAACGUUAUUUACAAACCAUGCGUAUCGUGAAAUCAUGUUUGUAUUCACUGGAACGGAACAAAGAUAAAAAAACAAUUUAUGGUUUUAAUAUAAAAUACUUCUCUCAUAUCAGCGCUACAUGUAUACACUAUUUAUAUCUGAUGUAAGCUGAAAACUGAAGUACAAUGUAUUACAAUACAUCUGAUUCCUUACAACCCAUCUCAAAACUCUAAACACUAUAUAUCGUACAUAGUACACUUAAGCUGUUUACAUUGUCGGUAUCAACAUGCUUCCCGCACCAGGAGACAUAAGUAAACAGCUAUGUGGGGUAUUAUUCUCGAAGGGGUCAUAGCGUGGUCAAGCAAAGUAUUUACGCCGAAUGAAACAAAGGUAAUCGGGGACACGUUGGGACUGAACUCACCUGUUUGGGUGCUAUAUGGAAUAGUUUGUUCUAUUUUAUGUAUUGAGAUUGAAAACAAUGUCAAACGUCAUCGAUUUAUACUCAUCUAAAAAAAAGUUCCUUAAUUCAUUUUUGUGUGUAAUAUCAUAACGAUUUGUACACUUUUUAUCACACAUUUGAAAUUUGUCAUGAUAAACAUUCAUACUGUUAUAUCAUAAAUAUAUAUAAUUUAUUGUUUUUGUCAAAUUGUUAUUGUCACUAUUAAACUCUUUAUAAUAAAAUCUGUUAUUAUUUUAUUAUUCUGUAUAUGGAUUUUGACUUAUACUUAAAACGGCCUAUACUGACAAAAAGGAAUAUGUGUAUAUACAGUAACAAAUACUUGAAGUACACUUAAUAUAUUAAUAGUGGUUUAAAAUUGCAGUGCUUAAUACAACACGUGCGAGGAAUAAAGACAUUUGUUAAAAGCAGCAAUAAACGUGAUUUUAAACAUUCAAAACGUUUUUUUAUGUUUAUUUUCUAAAAAUUCAAAAUUGUUAGAAGGGCAGGGAAAUGUCUGUUUAUAGCACAUACUGUAAGUAGCAGUUCAGAUGGUUGCUUAUUCAUAGUAAAAAAUCUUAAGGUAAGAACAACUCUAACUCUAAUAACUGUGUUAUUGUUUAUAUAGGCUUUGUUGUGGUAGUUAACUUUGACUAGUGUUGACCUCUGUAUGGACUUUUAUAUUUAAGCUACCGCAUAGAGUUUGGUACGUUUAACUUCACCUAGGAAGAAAAGAUUUGUAAGCAAAUUAAAUUCAUUGUUUUGCGUAACACGAUUCCCUUGUUUGAUAUAUGCAAUUGACGGUCCAUCUAAUUAUGAUAAUAACCCUAAGAACGAAUUAUUAUUCAGUUUCCUAUUUUCAAUCACAAGGACGCAAGCGAGCCAUACCAUUCGAGUGGCAGUAGUAUUUCACUUUUAAUAUGUAUUACAAAUAUCCUUUAACGAUAUAAAACAGUUUCCUACACUUAUGCUACAAACAUUAUUAUCUUCACGGAAACACCAUUUUAAUUUCGAGUACGCUAUGUUUUUGUUUUUUUAAUGUUUCAUAAAGCACUUGUCUGGUCAAAGAGUAUGACCGUACUAGAAUGUUAAUAGAGUAUGACAGUACUAGUCUGGUCAUAGAGUAUGACCGCACUAGUCUGGUCAUAGAGUAUGACAGUACUUGUCUGGUCAUAGAGUAUGACAGUACUAGUCUGGUCAUAGAGUACGACAGUACUACAAUGUAAUCUGGAGUGCACCAGCUUCCGUACGCAGUACAGGCGUUACAUGAUAAGCUGUAGUAAUACCUCGAUAGUAAGAAAAGCGGUCUAACCGGAAGUGAUGGAAAAACCAACAAUAAAGCUCUCGAAUGGUUUAGUAGCAAUGUAUCUUCCUUCCUUGUACACUCAGGAUAUCCUUUUUAGCGCUUAAAUCGGGAGAGGUGUUACCGGCUAUUGUUAAUAACAUUAGUAAAAUUUUAAAACAUAUAUUUGACAUAUUUGCAAACACGCAUUUCACAGCAAAUCAAACACUCUAUUACAUUUUUGUUUAAAGUAUAAAACUUCUAGCCUGUAAGUGGUAGAAAACCUUUCAAUAUACUUUAUUAACUCUGGAAUCAUAUGAUAAUUAAAGCACACCAAAUCACAAAACUCCGCAUAUACAUC